AUGACAAUUUUACAAUCUGAUUUCGUUAAUGCACAAGCAACUUAUACUACAGUAGUAAAUUUGGCUGCACGUACCACAUGGUAUGAAUGUCAAAAAGGAACAUCGAAAAGUAUCUCAUUUUCGGUUGUACUGACAGAUGGAACAAAGACAACGACACCAGAUUUUGGAGCCACACAACCAAAUUACCUCUAUAAAUCAGAAUUGUCGGGAUUCAUUGUUGUUGUAGCAGAAGAUGUUGAUAUGAAAAAUUAUGUUGAUCCAUCAAUUCAGCUGUCCAACUAUUAUCCAUUACUUUCAUGUUGGUCAAAAGAUCCGGUUGUUCCAGUGCAAAGUUGUGUCAAAUCGGGCCCUUUAGCUGAAUCAAAAACACUUUGUAUAGCAGUGACGAAUCCAUCCUCAAACUCAUUACAAUUUCAGUUGGAUGCUCCGUUUCAGGGCUCAAAAACAUCGGAUGAAAUUGUAGUAACUAUAACUCAAACUGUGACAGUAAAGAGUAGUGCCACUGCAAAUAUCAACCCAAACAUUUUUGGAAUCUUUAUCUUCCUUUGGGUGCUCAUUGUCGUAACGAAUUCCGCACCCAUUAUAAAUCACAAUCGUCGUAGCACAUCAAAUUCCGACAAACUAGACGCAGAUCUUUUAUCGGAUGGUGGCGACCAUUUCAUGGUCGAUCUUGGUGCACUCGACGGCUCUAAAUUCUUUCCGUCAACAAGCGAACUAACAGGCGACGAUAAUGAGCUAAAAUCUGACACUGUCACCGACACCACCACAACUUCAUCCACAACCGACGCACCGCGAAAGAAUAAAUUGUUCCGUCCCCAUAUAAGAAGAGGUAAGGUGUAUGUCCCUGGAUUCGGGUACAUGUCCGAAAAGGAAUUGGAAGAAUUGCCGAAAGGUACGACUCGAACGUCGCAAACAUCCGAAUAUAAUGGAGAUGAUGCACAAGUGAAUAAUGUCUCGUUGGAAGAUAAAAAAAAUAUAAAGGAUUUUGAGCAUACUAGUGGAUCUUAUAUUCCACCUGGAUUAAAGAAACAAAAAGUUCAAUUGAUUGAUCCUCAAACUCCGGUACAUGAGCAUAUUGUUGUCGAAGAAUAA